AUGGCUUCCGAAGGUAUUACUGAAAUCGAUGCUGGAUUAAUUGAAUCCAACUACGACAACAUUGUCUACUCAUUUGAUGAUUUGAACUUGAAGCCAAGCAUUGUCAGAGGUAUUUUCGGUUACGGUUACGAAAACCCUUCUGCCAUUCAACAGAGAGCCAUCAUGCCAAUCACCCAAGGUAGAGAUGUUUUGGCUCAAGCUCAAUCUGGUACUGGUAAGACUGCUACUUUCACCAUUUCUGCUUUGCAAAGAAUCGAUGAAAACCUCAAGCAAACCCAAGCUUUGAUCUUGGCUCCUACCAGAGAAUUGGCUUUGCAAAUCCAAAGUGUCAUCACUCACAUUGGUUUGUACUUGAAUGUCACUGUCCAUGCUUGUAUUGGUGGUACUUCUGUUUCUGAUGAUAUUGCUGCCUUUAAAGCUGGUACCCAAAUUGUUGUUGGUACCCCAGGUAGAGUUUUCGAUCUUAUCGAAAGAGGUAUCUUCAAGACCGAAUCCGUCAAGAUGUUCAUUUUGGAUGAAGCUGAUGAAAUGUUGAGUUCUGGUUUCAAGGAACAAAUUUACAACAUUUUCCGUUUACUCCCUGAAACUUCCCAAGUUGUUUUGCUUUCUGCCACCAUGCCUCCAGAUGUUUUGGAUGUUACCACCAAGUUUAUGAAUGACCCUGUCAGAAUCUUGGUUAAAAAGGAACAAUUAACCUUGGAAGGUAUUAAACAAUUUUACAUCAACGUUGAAAAGGAAGAAUACAAGUUUGACUGUUUGUGUGAUUUGUACGAUUCCAUUUCUGUUACCCAAGCUGUCAUUUUCUGUAACACCAGAGCUAAGGUUGAAAUGUUAACCAGUAAAUUGAAGGAAGAAAACUUUACUGUUUCUGCUAUCCACUCCGAAUUGCCUCAAUCUGAAAGAGAUACCAUCAUGAAUGAAUUCAGAUCUGGUUCUUCAAGAAUCUUGAUCUCCACUGAUUUGUUAGCUAGAGGUAUCGAUGUCCAACAAGUUUCUUUGGUCAUUAACUACGAUUUACCUUCCAACAAGGAAAACUAUAUCCACAGAAUCGGUAGAGGUGGUCGUUUCGGUAGAAAGGGUGUUGCCAUCAACUUUGUCACUGACUUGGAUGUUGGUAUGAUGAGAGAAAUUGAAAGAUUCUACUCCACUCAAAUUGAAGAAAUGCCUGCUGACAUUGGUGCUUUGUUUGCUUAA